UAAUGAUAAAAUUGGCCUCACAUUUUUUGGUUUACUUUCUAUCUAUUUCACUCUCCUGUCAUCAAUGGUCAACAAUAAGCAAUCGCCAUAUAGACUCAAUUUCAAGAUCCCGACAUGCCGCCAGGAAUUUGAAUAUCCGGCUGAGGUUCUAGAUGCUCUCGUGCUUUCCUUGAAAGAAACUGGGCACCUUUGCAGCCUUGAGCCCUUGGAGGAGGGCGUUCGGAAAAAAAUCACGGCUAAGUGGGUAUCAUGGCUCGCCAACGAAAAAUCGUGUAAAUUCUCCUUCUCCACUCGUAUGCUGUUGCAACUCAAGGACUACAUUCAGGCUUGCAUCCGUAUAACUUGGCGUAUGAUCAUCCAGGUUCCACCCAUGCAACUGGAGUAUAAAAGUACCACUUUGAAAAAUUUCCACAAGAAAGUUGGAUACCACAAUGAUCCAGAAAUGUGUUUAAGGCCUCCUUCAAAUGGACAAGCGUCGGUUGUGGAUGAAAUUGCUUGUUACUUGUGGCCUGCCCUAUUAGAUGGAGGAGGAAGAAUCAUUCAAGCAGGAGAAGUCCUUUGUAAAGUGGAAGCCCAAGCGAAAUAGAAGCUGAAUUGAAAUAAGGUAUAUCAAGGGACGGAAAACAGC